CGAUGCGCAUGCGCGGCCGAUCUGCACAUGCGCAAUAUUCGCGCUGCCGCCGCUGUCCCUGCCUGGUUGAGGUGGCAGCAAGGGGCCGGACGCGCAGCGCAAUGGCUGAGGGCAGCGGGGAAGUGGUCGCAGUGUCUGCGACCGGGGCUGCCAACGGCCUCAACAAUGGGGCAGGCGGGACCUCGACGACGACCAACAACCCGCUGUCCCGCAAGCUGCAUAAGAUCCUGGAGACGCGGCUGGACAACGACAAGGAGAUGUUAGAAGCUCUCAAGGCACUUUCAACCUUUUUUGUUGAAAAUAGUCUGAGAACUCGAAGAAAUUUACGUGGAGAUAUUGAACGUAAAAGUUUAGCCAUCAAUGAAGAAUUUGUAAGCAUUUUCAAGGAAGUGAAGGAGGAACUUGAAAGCAUAAGUGAAGAUGUUCAAGCAAUGAGCAACUGUUGUCAAGAUAUGACAAGUCGCCUACAGGCAGCAAAGGAACAGACUCAAGAUUUAAUAGUAAAAACCACUAAGCUUCAAUCUGAAAGCCAAAAAUUAGAGAUAAGAGCACAAGUCGCAGAUGCCUUCUUAUCCAAGUUCCAACUGACUUCUGAUGAAAUGAGUCUUCUCCGAGGUACAAGAGAAGGACCCAUUACUGAGGAGUUUUUCAAGGCACUUGGAAGAGUAAAACAGAUUCAUAAUGAUGUCAAAGUUCUCUUGCGUACAAACCAACAAACGGCAGGUUUAGAAAUUAUGGAACAGAUGGCCUUACUUCAAGAAACGGCUUAUGAAAGACUUUACCGAUGGGCUCAAAGUGAAUGCAGAACAUUGACACAAGAAUCAUGUGAUGUAUCUCCAGUAUUGACACAGGCAAUGGAAGCCCUGCAGGACAGACCUGUCUUAUAUAAAUAUACCUUAGAUGAAUUUGGAACAGCCAGAAGAAGUACAGUUGUUCGUGGAUUUAUUGAUGCGCUCACAAGAGGGGGCCCCGGAGGUACACCUAGACCAAUUGAAAUGCACUCUCAUGACCCAUUGAGGUAUGUGGGAGAUAUGUUGGCUUGGCUCCAUCAAGCUACUGCUUCUGAAAAGGAACACCUUGAAGCUCUCUUAAAGCAUGUAACUACACAAGGUAUUGAAGAAAAUAUUCAAGAAAUUGUUGGGCAUAUCACUGAAGGUGUGUGCAGGCCUCUAAAGGUUCGAAUUGAGCAAGUAAUAGUUGCUGAACCUGGGGCAGUUUUAUUAUAUAAAAUUUCUAAUCUCCUCAAAUUUUAUCACCAUACAAUCAGUGGCAUUGUUGGAAAUAGUGCAACUACAUUGUUGACUACCAUUGAAGAAAUGCAUUUGCUAAGCAAAAAAAUAUUCUUCAAUAGCUUGAGUCUUCAUGCAAGUAAAUUAAUGGACAAGGUUGAACUCCCACCACCUGAUCUUGGACCAAGUUCUGCACUAAAUCAGACACUAAUGUUGCUGCGUGAAGUUUUAGCAUCUCAUGAUUCUUCAGUUGUACCAUUAGAUGCUCGUCAAGCUGAUUUUGUGCAGGUUUUAUCAUGUGUCUUGGAUCCUCUCCUACAGAUGUGUACUGUAUCAGCCAGCAACUUAGGCACAGCUGACAUGGCCACUUUCAUGGUCAAUUCACUAUAUAUGAUGAAGACAACAUUAGCUCUAUUUGAAUUCACUGACAGACGUCUUGAAAUGCUACAGUUUCAGAUUGAAGCACAUUUGGACACACUUAUAAAUGAGCAAGCCUCUUAUGUUUUAACUAGGUUAGGCUUGAGUUACAUCUAUAGCGCUGUACAGCAACAUAAACCCGAACAGGGCUCUUUAGCUAAUAUGCCCAACCUAGAUUCUGUGACACUGAAGGCUGCAAUGGUUCAAUUUGAUCGUUAUCUGUCAGCCCCAGACAACCUAUUAAUACCACAGCUGAACUUUCUUCUAAGUGCGACAGUGAAAGAGCAGAUCGUAAAACAAUCUACAGAAUUAGUCUGCAGAGCCUAUGGUGAAGUGUAUGCAGCUGUGAUGAAUCCAGUCAAUGAAUACAAAGAUCCAGAGAACAUUCUUCACCGAUCGCCACAGCAAGUGCAGACGCUUCUUUCCUGAUUAUCUUAUUUCAUUGUGUUAGCAAAAUAUGACCUCCCUAAAACACUGAAGGUUAUUUUUUAUUCUUUGAAUUUUUACUCUAAAAUGUGAUAGUUACGGUUUUCUUUGUAUCAUGGGAUUGUAAGUCCCGAUAAUUUUUUUUUUCUUUUUUUUGGUCUCAGUAACAUGGAAGUAAAUAACAUGUUGACCUGAGCUAGUAUUGCUGUGUAUCUACUCUAAAUAAGAUGCUGUAUUUUUUUUUGCUAGCCAUCUCUCCAGCUCUGCAGUUUUCACUGUAUUCAGGAAGCAUAAAGUAAUAUGAAAGGUUUGAAGAAUUUUUUUUACAAGACUAGUAGUUCUAAAUUAACAGCAUAUAAAACAUUUGUCUAAAUUUAAGAAUUAGUAUAAGGAUAUGACCUAAUAAAUGUCUCCUUGCCUAAAGAUUCAUUUGCUUUCUUAUUAAUAUGAGUAGGUAUACUUAGUAGCCUUUCUGAACCUAGCUAGCUAUGUCUCUGUCCCCAAAAUAGCUGCCCUUAAAGAGUUGUUAGAAGAGAGAAAAAUAACAGUGAAUUGUGCUUCUGGUGUAUAUGGCAGUGAAUCUCCUUUCUGUUCUACUUUAGCAUACUAUAUAUAUUUGACUGCAUACAUUUUUACACAAUUUUAAAUAUACACUCAGCAAUAAUGAGAAAAAAAGGAGAGAGAAAAGUGAUUUAAACAGGGUGGAUUCCACUCUGUGGGAGCCCUCAAUGGAACGCAAGGUGGAACUCAGCCUUUCCAAUGAACUCUAAGCAUGUAGACAGCCUGAGCUGUGUCUAAGGCUGGUGUUUAAAGAUGGGUAUUUGUCAUACAAUAUGGGUCCUAAAUCCAACCAACUACACAUUUUAUCUGGUGUUCAAACCAAGAAACAAUGAUCUACUCAAACACUGGAGAAAAAUCUGCCAGAGGAGGGGUUGCCAAUUGGCGGUAUGUCUUAUCGCCAUGGUGUAACUGGACUCUGACUUUAGACCAUUACCUAUUAGGAAGAUUCAAAAUGACUGUAUUUUUAAAGGAAUAAAUCCCAGUGUGCCUGAUUUGACAUUCUUAUCAGCAAAAAAACUUGAUUUCUCGUAAAUCUAUAAAAAGGGGUAAGUCCCUAAAUUUCAAAUGCGAAAACUUAAGCACAAGGAAAAAAAUAACUAGCUUGAAAUAUUUUGAAAAGUAAUAACAUAAAACUAAUAUUUGCAGAAGAUUAUGUUGUAUAUAACAAAUUAGUAUUUAUAGAAUAUGACCUAUUUAUCUGAAGUUUAUAAUUGUUUAUACCUAAUACAAUUCUGUUUGGAGUAAGAAUGAUUAUAUAAUCAUUAUCCAUUUGGGUAUAAAUCUGUAUUUUUAGUUUUUUUCCCUUCGAUUAGUAUGUGUUAUAUAUAAAAGACAGAAAAUAAAGUGUAAAUCAAGAACUUAAAUUUUAUAUAAUUUAUUUCUACAGUGAAAGAAGAUUGAUACCUUGCCAUGAGUAAAUUCCUUUGUUUUAUAGGGAAAAAUUUAUUGUGCUUUUUAGCUGGCUUUUUUUCAAAUAAAAUAUUACAAUAUGUAUAGAGCAGCAAUUAUUGCAGCUAUCCUAUAGAUAUACAUCCUAUUGAUGUGUUUUUAGAAAAUGCACUAAUAGAAAAGGAAGUACAACAUAGGGCAAAACUGAGGUAAUCAGUGCAAGACUCAUAGGCAAAAUGUGGUAUGUAUGAUCUUGAGAACUAAAGCAAAAUAAAACAUUGUAAGUAAUAAUCCAUUAAUAUAACACCUAAAUUUGCUAUUACUUCAUAGUUUACAUUUUGAAUUAUUUUCACUUGGCAUAAGUAUAACCUAGAAAAUGCAUGUCUGCCCUUCUUUCAGAGAGGAAGGGUGUUUGGAUGCCAAAACCCUCAUGUGGUUCAACUUUUCCAUUUCUUUCUCUGUGCCUUCACUUGAGCAGGUGGAUAUUACCUGAGGAAAAAGAUGACACAAAUGGACUGAUUGACUUUACUCGGAAUUCAUGAUUACAGUGUUCAUAAUGGGCACUGCUGUAGUUUGAAUGUUUACGUUUCCCCAAAUUCAUGUUGAAAUCCUCACCCCUGUGGUGAUGGUAUUAGGAGGUGGAUCCUUUGAGAGGUGAUUAGGUUGUCAGGAUGAAGCCCUCAUGAAUGGGAUUAGUACCCUUACUCAGGCAGCUCAGGAGAUCCCUGUCCCUUCUACCACGUGAUGUUACAGUGAGAAGACAGCCAUCAAUGAGGAGGCAGGCCAUCGCUAGACACCAAAUCUUUUAGUGCCCUGAUUUUGGGCUUUGCAGCCUCCAGAACUGGGAGAAAUAAAUGUCUGUUGUUUUUAUAAGCCACCUAGUUUAUGGUAUUUUGGUAUAGCAGUCUAAAUAAACUAAGACAGACAUUCAAUAUUGGUUUGUAAUUCUACUCUUAACUUUCCAUGUUUCUAAAGGACUUUUUCAUCCACAUUCUCAUUUAAUAUCCUUCAUAAUUCACCAAGAAUAGAAACUAUUAAUCUUCCUUAUUUUCCUAUUCUCAAAUAUCACACCCAUCUCCUCUCCUUCCUCGUUUGGCACUUGAGAUGUUAUUUCUCUUUCUAUGACAGGAUAUUCCCUUCCUUUAUGCUCUGGCUUGCGUCUCUCAUCUUCUUAUUAGAACUUUCUCUCUCUGGGUUAUCCCUUCAUUAUGCUUCAGCAACAACUGGCCUCUCGCUAGGAUUAUUCUUAAUGUCAUACAUAAUGUCAUAAUCUUCAUCAUGUUUUUUAAUACUCUCUACUUCCCAGAUCCUAACACCUCCAUUUCUCUGCUUCCUUUCCUAGUUUAGACAUGCUGUCAUCUACUUCCUCAUUUCUCAUUCUGUCUUUAAAGUAUCCCAAUAUAGUUUCAGUCUCUCACCACUACACCAAAACUAACCUGAUAAGCUUUUCAUCAGUGCUAUAUGUUGUCAGAUCCAGCAGAUUCUUCUGUAUCUCUACUUGUUGAACUCUCAGUGUCAUUCUACACAUUUCUGUUUGAAAUUCUAUCCUUUCCAGUCUUCCAUGGCACCACUUUCUCCUAAUUUUCCUCCAAUUUCAUUAGCCCAACCCCCUUUUGACCUUCUUCCCUGGCUCUUUUGCCUCUAUAUGAUUUCUAAAAGUUGGCAUAUUCUAGGGCUUGAUCCUGGUUACUUUUGUUUUCUAAUCCUUCCUUUAGGGAUUUAUUACUUCAACCUAUUCUAUCCAGAAUAAUGUUAGCUUAAAUGUCUUUAGAUAUAUCCAUAGGAUGGAGUACAGCAGUGAGAAAAUGAAUGGUUUUCAAUUAUAUAAUGUUGAGAAAGAAAUCAGAAUAAUAUAAUACCCUUUUAUAGAAUGUUUAAUAAAGUAUAAAAAAUAUACAUAGAUAUACAUGUGGUAAAGGUGUAAGGAAAAUAUAGGAAAUGAUUGAUACAAUUUAAGAUUAUGGAGAGGGAAACACAGGAUGUGUUGAAGUUACUGAUAAUAUUUUAUUCUUAUGCUAGGUUGUUAGUACUGUUAAAUAUUCUUUAAAAUUUUUCAUAUAUGUUACAUAAACUUUUGUUCAUAUAUUUUACAAUUUUAAAAAAUAGUUUAGAAAUUUGCUUGGCAUAAGACCUGGGCUAAAGUUAGAACUCAAUAUAUGAUAGCUAUUUUUUUCAUUAGUCUUAUUAAAUGCAUUUCUUAAGUAUCUACUAGGUAGUAGGCUCUGUGAUAAGCAUCAGAGUUUAAAAAUAUAACCAAAUCAUGGGUUUUCCAUUGAGAAAUUCCCUGUCUUGCACAGAGAUAGUUACAUAUAUUGUAAAUUAACAUGAAAUUUGGUAGAGUGCUUGUGCAUGUUGGCAAGAAGAAAAACUGAACUAAUAUCCUUUAUAAUUCAGCAGGAUGUCCUUGAGAUAAGAGGUUGAGAGCAAGAAAACAAAGUUUCAAACCACAACUGUACAUUGUUCAGUCUGAGAUUAUCAUAAUGAUUGGGUUCUAUUAACUAUUUGGUUAAGAUGUAAAAUCAUAUAAUAGCAUGGUGAGAGCAAAAAUGGUGAAUUUUAAAAUUUUGUCCCCUCAUAAAGGUAGCAAUAAAACUGGCCUUCAAAAAAUGGUCAAAGUCAACUUUUUCAGGACUCUAGAAACUAAUAGAAAAAUCACAGUAACCUGAGUUACUUAAAAAAAAAAAAAAAA